GGCAGCAGGGCCCUCCCCUCCCCCGCCCUCCCCUGGCCGCCGCUGCGGCUCCAGCCUCCGCCCAGCGCACUCGCUCCCCGCGCGCCGCCGCCGCACCUGCCACCAUGUCGCCGCCGCCGGGUCAUGUCUGACUCUCUCUGGACCGCGCUUUCCAAUUUCUCGAUGCCCUCCUUCCCCGGCGGCAGCAUGUUUCGCCGCACCAAGAGCUGCCGGACCAGCAACCGGAAGAGCCUCAUCCUGACAAGCACUUCUCCGACGCUGCCGCGACCCCACUCCCCGCUGCCAGGCCACUUAGGUAGCAGCCCCCUGGACAGCCCGCGCAACUUCUCUCCCAACACCCCAGCCCACUUCUCGUUUGCUUCCUCCCGAAGGGCGGAUGGACGCCGGUGGUCGCUUGCUUCACUCCCUUCCUCGGGCUAUGGCACCAACACACCCAGCUCAACUGUUUCAUCCUCCUGCUCCUCCCAGGAGCGCCUGCAUCAGCUGCCCUACCAGCCCACGGUGGACGAGCUGCACUUUCUGUCCAAACACUUCGGCAGCACGGAGAGCAUCACGGACGAGGAUGGUGGCCGCCGCUCCCCCGCCGUCCGUCCCCGCUCUCGGAGCCUCAGCCCCGGCCGCUCCCCCUCCUCCUACGACAACGAAAUCGUGAUGAUGAACCAUGUGUACAAGGAGCGGUUCCCGAAGGCCACCGCGCAGAUGGAAGAGAAGCUGCGGGACUUCGCCCGCGCCUACGAACCUGACAGCGUGCUGCCGCUGGCCGACGGCGUGCUCAGCUUCAUCCACCACCAGAUCAUUGAACUGGCCCGAGACUGCCUUACCAAGUCCCGCGAUGGGCUCAUCACCACGGUCUAUUUCUACGAGCUGCAGGAAAACCUAGAGAAGCUGCUGCAGGAUGCCUACGAACGCUCUGAGAGCUUGGAGGUGGCCUUCGUCACUCAGCUGGUGAAGAAACUGCUCAUCAUCAUCUCCCGCCCUGCACGGCUUCUGGAGUGCCUGGAAUUCAACCCGGAAGAGUUCUACCACCUGCUGGAGGCGGCCGAGGGACACGCCAAGGAGGGCCACCUGGUCAAAACUGACAUCCCCCGCUACAUCAUCCGGCAGCUGGGCCUCACUCGGGACCCCUUCCCAGAUGUGGUCCGCCUGGAGGAGCAGGACAGCGGGGGCUCCAACACGCCCGAGCAAGAUGACACCUCUGAGGGUCGCGGCAGCGCCUCCAAGGCCAAGAAACCACCGGGAGAGAGUGACUUCGACACUAUCAAGCUCAUCAGCAAUGGGGCCUACGGGGCCGUGUACCUGGUGCGUCACCGCGACACGCGGCAGCGCUUCGCCAUGAAGAAGAUCAACAAGCAGAACCUGAUCCUGCGCAACCAGAUCCAGCAGGCCUUCGUGGAGCGCGACAUCCUCACGUUCGCGGAGAACCCCUUCGUGGUCGGCAUGUUCUGCUCCUUCGAGACCCGGCGCCACCUCUGCAUGGUCAUGGAGUACGUGGAAGGAGGUGACUGUGCCACCCUUCUCAAGAACAUCGGGGCACUGCCUGUGGAGAUGGCGCGAAUGUAUUUUGCAGAAACAGUUCUGGCCCUUGAGUACUUACACAAUUAUGGCAUCGUGCACCGUGACCUCAAGCCGGACAACCUCCUCAUCACGUCCAUGGGCCACAUCAAGCUCACAGAUUUUGGCCUCUCCAAGAUGGGACUCAUGAGCCUCACCACCAACUUGUACGAAGGCCACAUCGAGAAGGAUGCCCGGGAGUUCCUGGACAAGCAGGUGUGUGGGACCCCAGAGUACAUCGCGCCCGAGGUCAUCCUGCGCCAGGGCUACGGCAAGCCGGUGGACUGGUGGGCUAUGGGGAUCAUCCUCUACGAGUUCCUCGUGGGCUGUGUGCCUUUCUUCGGGGACACCCCGGAAGAGCUCUUUGGACAGGUCAUCAGUGAUGACAUUCUGUGGCCUGAAGGGGACGAGGCCCUGCCCACAGAUGCCCAGCUUCUAAUAUCUAGCCUCUUGCAGACCAACCCUCUGGUGCGGCUUGGGGCAGGUGGUGCUUUUGAAGUGAAGCAGCAUAGUUUCUUCCGAGAUCUGGACUGGACAGGGCUGCUGCGGCAGAAGGCGGAGUUCAUUCCCCACCUAGAGUCAGAAGAUGACACCAGCUACUUCGACACCCGCUCGGAUAGGUAUCACCAUGUGAACUCCUAUGACGAGGACGACACCACGGAGGAGGAGCCCGUGGAGAUCCGCCAGUUCUCUUCCUGCUCACCGCGCUUCAGCAAGGUGUACAGCAGCAUGGAACAGCUGUCGCAGCACGAGCCCAAGACCCCCGUGUCGGCGUCAGGGGCCAGCAAGCGGGAUCCGAACGCCAAGGGCCCAGAGGAGAAGGUGGCCGGCAAGAGGGAGGGCCUGGGUGGCCUGACUCUGCGUGAGAAGACCUGGCGAGGGGGCUCCCCGGAGAUUAAGCGCUUCUCAGCGUCUGAAGCCACUUUCCUGGAGGGGGAGGCCAGUCCCCCGCUGGGAGCGCGCAGACGGUUCUCGGCGCUGCUGGAGCCCAGCCGCUUCAGCGCCCCUCAGGAGGACGAAGACGAGGCCCGACUCCGCAGGCCGCCUAGGCCCAGCUCGGAUCCUCCCAGCUCACUGGACACACGCGUCCCCAGAGAGGCAGCGCAAGGCGAGGGCACUUCCACCCCCGGGGAACCCGAAGCCACUGAGCGCUCACAGCCAGCCGAUCUCGGCCCACCCUCCAAGGAUGGAGACCCAUCGGGCCCCAGGGCCACCAAUGACCUGGUUUUGCGAAGGGCAAGGCACCAGCAGCUGUCUGGGGAUCUUGCUGCGGAGAAGCGACCAGCUCGAACUGGAGGCAAAGUUAUCAAGUCGGCUUCAGCGACAGCCUUGUCUGUCAUGAUUCCUGCAGUGGACCCACACGGAGGCUCACCCCUGGCUAGCCCCAUGUCCCCUCGAUCCCUCUCCUCCAAUCCAUCCUCAAGGGACUCUUCCCCUAGCCGGGACUACUCGCCAGCUGUCAGCGGCCUCCGUUCCCCCAUCACCAUCCAACGCUCAGGCAAAAAAUACGGGUUCACACUUCGAGCCAUCCGUGUCUACAUGGGUGACUCAGAUGUCUACAGUGUCCACCAUAUUGUCUGGCACGUGGAGGAGGGAGGCCCGGCCCAGGAGGCAGGGCUGUGUGCUGGGGACCUCAUCACCCACGUGAACGGCGAGCCCGUCCACGGUAUGGUGCACCCUGAGGUGGUGGAGCUGAUCCUGAAGAGCGGCAACAAAGUAGCUGUGACUACCACACCCUUCGAAAACACCUCCAUCCGCAUAGGCCCUGCCAGGCGCAGCAGCUACAAGGCCAAAAUGGCUCGAAGGAACAAGAGGCCUUCCGCUAAGGACGGCCAAGAGAGCAAGAAGCGGAGCUCCCUCUUCCGGAAGAUCACGAAACAGUCAAACCUGCUGCACACCAGCCGAUCGCUGUCCUCUCUGAACCGGUCCCUGUCGUCCAGCGACAGCCUUCCCGGUUCGCCCACGCACGGUCUACCGGCGCGCUCUCCCACGCACAGCUACCGCUCCACGCCCGACUCCGCCUACCUAGGCGCCUCGUCGCAGAGUAGCUCCCCCGCCUCCAGCACGCCCAACUCCCCCGCGUCGUCGGCGUCACACCACAUCAGGCCCAGCACGCUGCACGGGCUGUCGCCGAAACUCCACCGCCAGUACCGCUCCGCGCGCUGUAAGUCGGCCGGCAACAUCCCGCUGUCGCCGCUGGCGCACACGCCGUCGCCGACGCAGGCGUCUCCGCCCCCGCUGCCGGGCCACACGGUGGGCAGCUCCCACACCACGCAGAGCUUCCCCGCCAAGCUGCACUCGUCGCCGCCCGUCGUGCGCCCGCGCCCCAAAAGCGCGGAGCCACCGCGCUCGCCGCUGCUCAAGCGCGUGCAGUCGGCGGAGAAGCUGGGGGCUUCGCUGGGAGCGGACAAGAAGGGCGCUUUGCGCAAACACAGCCUCGAAGUGGGCCACCCGGAGUUCCGAAAGGACUUCCACGGUGAGCUGGCGCUGCACAGCCUCGCCGAGUCCGAUGGGGAGACGCCUCCCAUCGAGGGCCCCGGGGCGACCCGACAGGUCGCCGUGCGCCGCCUGGGCCGCCAGGAAUCGCCCCUGAGCUUGGGCGCGGACCCGUUGCUACCCGACGCGGCCCCCAGGCCGGUGGCGUCAAGUAAGGAGGAGUCCCCGGGAGGUGCAGAGGCCUGCACGCCCCCUCGCGCGACCACGCCCGGGAGCCGGACCCUGGAGCGUGACCUGGGCUGCACGAGGCACCAGAGCGUGCAGACCGAGGAUGGCCCAGGUGGGGUGGCCAGAGCCUUGGCCAAGGCGGCACUCAGCCCCGUGCAGGAACACGAGACAGGCCGGCGCAGCAGCUCUGGCGAGGCCGGCACACCCCCGGUGCCCAUCGUUGUAGAGCCUGCCCGGCCAGGGAUCAAGGCCCAGACACCCCAGCCUCUGGGCACAGACUCCAAGGGACUGAAGGAACCUGUAGCCCAGAUGCCCCAGGUGCCGGACGCUCCAAGGGGCCGGGAGCGCUGGGUGCUGGAGGAGGUGGAAGAGCGGACCACGCUGUGCGGACCUCGCUCCAAGCCCGCCUCCCCCAAGCUCUCUCCCGACCCCCAGACGCCAGCCCUAGUCCCCACAAAGAAUGUGGCCCGCAGUGCAGUUCCUCCAGCCUCACCUGCCUCCCUUCCGGUCCCAGGCAGCAAGCCUGAAGCAGGGUUGAACUCCAGGCGUCCUGCUGAUGCUGCGACUCCCGCAGGCCUCACCAAAAACGGGGCACCCAGCCCCGCACCUCUAGGCCCUUAGCGGAGCAGGCCUUCAUCCUGUCCUGUACAGAUGCCUGUAUACAUAUGUACACAUAUAAAUAAAGUGCCCGUGCUGCCUGAGA